AAGUGACGUCAGUUGUAUGUGGUACUGGCGGAAGUUAGUGAUAGGAUAGGGAAGUGUCCGGUGUGGCGGCGGAGGAUGGAGGAGGGGAGUCUGGAGGCUCGGAUCAAUCGAGCUACAAACCCCCAGAACAAGGAGCCGAGUUGGGAAGAUGUGGAGACGUUUUGUCAUCAACUCAACUGUGACUUGGAGGGGCCUCAGCUGGCCACACGGCUUCUGGCUCAUAAGAUUCAGUCUCCGCAGGAAUGGGAGGCCAUACAAGCUCUAAUGGUUCUGGAAGCAUGCAUGAAAAAUUGCGGGAAAAGGUUUCACAGUGAGGUUGGAAAAUUUCGGUUCCUUAAUGAGCUGAUUAAAGUAGUUUCUCCAAAGUACCUCGGUACACGCUCUCCAGAAAGAGUGAAGCAGAAGAUUUUGGAGUUGCUGUACAGUUGGACAUUGGGGCUCCCCAAUGAAGUGAAGAUUGCAGAGGCCUACCAGAUGCUGAAGAAACAAGGGAUUUUAAAGGAAGACCCCAAAUUGCCAGAAGAAGCAAUGAUACCACCUCUUCCACCAAGACCUAAGAAUGCUAUUUUUGAUGAUGAUGAGAAAUCCAAGAUGUUGGCGCGCCUGUUGAAGAGCACUCACCCUGAAGAUUUACGAGCUGCCAACAAGCUCAUUAAAGAAAUGGUGCAAGAGGAUCAGAAACGCAUGGAGAAAAUAUCCAAGCGUGUAAAUGCUAUAGAAGAGGUAAAUAACAAUGUGAAGCUCCUGGGUGAGAUGUUGAAUACGUACAGAGCUGGACAAUCAUCUGAGGGAAGUGAAGACUUAAUGAAGGAGCUGUACCAGAAAUGUGAGAAGAUGAGGCCUACACUUUUCCGUUUGGCCAGUGACACAGAAGACAAUGAUGAGGCCUUAGCGGAAAUUUUACAGGCUAAUGACAGCUUAACACAGGUUAUAAAUACUUAUCGCCAGCUGGUGAAAGGGGAAGAAAUCAAUGGAGAGACGUCUUCCAACAAUAUGCCAGCCAGUUCUUCUGCUCUGCUGGAUCUGUCAGGACUGGAUAUGGCAUCUACAGCAGCGCCUUCAUACCCCUCUGUUCCAGCCCAGCCCCUGCCAUAUUCUUCCAGUGCCCCUUCAUCAGCCUCCACAUCAUUAUCGCUGCUUGAUGAUGAGCUCAUGUCACUUGGUUUAAAUGACCCUGCACCUCCUGUACAGGCUUCAGACACGUCUUCAUGGAACAAUUUUCAGGUAAUAGAGAUGACUCCCUCCAUGAAUACAAGGGGGGGCACCAAUAGUGGGGCGCAAGAGCUGGAGUCGGAGGGGCCAGGGGGCCCAGCUGGAGACUCAACUACCACAAUGGCACCAUUUGAUCUGGGGGAUCCUGGUGCCGGCAGCUCUAAGACCCUGUGCCAGUCUUGCAUUAGAAAACGGGUCAAGGAUGAAUCUUCCUGCAUGUUUAAAAAUCUGAUGGAUUCCAUGCGAGAAGAAAUUGUCAACCCUUCAGUCAUUCCGCACGAGUCGCUUUCGGACACUACCAUGACUACUACCUUAUUGCCAGAUGAUGGGGAGGAGGCGGAAGGUGUGAAAGAAGAUCCAAAUUGGGUUAACACCGACUUUAUAUUUGUUGCAUCUUGCCGGCCUACAAGAUGCGCCUGGAGGAGGAUUGCCUUUAUGGGAGAUUGUCUCUUUGAAGAGUAUUUGGACGCCUUCCUCAAGAAGAUUGCUGUGUGGAAAGAAGUCAUUGAACCUCUUCUCCUGAGGGACCAGGAUAAAGGAUUUUACUCCAAUAUGUUAACAGUUCCAAAACCAAGCGGGGGAAGGGAACAUCCUGGAUUAGAAGUCUCUAAACAAGUUUAUGUGGAUCCGCAAAUUCUGAAAGGAAUUGGCCCAUUUUGUCAUUGUCUUGCUUCGGUGGACAACAAGGAUGCCUACCAGCGUGUACCAAUCUUCCCUCCUCAUCAACACUUCCUGCGCUUUGCUUUGGGGGAAGUGUGCUUCAAAUGUGUGGCACUUCCCUUUGGCCUCCACUGCCCCACGACUAUUUCCAAAGGUCUUAGCUACUGUCCUUGUGAUCUCAAGGUGUCCACAUUGGACAAAACCCAACACAAGCCCACACUGAGAGAUCUGCAGAGUAAAACGAGCUCUACUCUUCCACAGCCGCCCGCUGGUCUGGGAAACGUUUCUUCUGUUGGAGUAGAACAGCCAGCCCCGUCCCCGGUGAAGAACGACAUCUCUCUCACCAAUGUCACUGUACCUCUGGAAUCCAUCAAACCCAGUUGCAUCCUCCCAGUCACUGUGUAUGACCAACGCAGCUUUCGGGUCCUCUUCCACUUUGCUCAGGACAGUCCUCCAGGCAGGCCUGAUAUCCUGGUGGUUGUGAUCUCCAUGCUGAGUACAGCUCCUCUCUCCGUCACUGGAAUUAGUUUUCAGGCUGCUGUGCCCAAGGCAAUGAAGGUAAAAUUGCAACCAGCAACUGGCAGCGAACUUCCUGCAUUCAACCCCAUUCUACCCCCAACUGCUAUCACUCAGGUGCUGCUGCUGGCCAACCCCACCCAGUCCCCCCUCCCUCUCUCCCUCUAACUCACCUACACACAAGGAGAUGAGAGCUUUGAUGAGAUGGGAGAUGUGGAAGAUUUUCCACCCCGGGAGAAGUGGGGACAUCUUUAGGCGGCAACAGAAUAUUGUGCAUUGCAGACUACAGGCCUCCUCCUCCUCUCCUAUGAGGCAGGCCAACCUUAAAGAAGGAUCCGGCUACAACUGCACUACAAAUCAUUCUGGAUGUGCUCCUUUCCAAAGCUCUCGUAGGUUUUCUGUGUUUGGGAAGUCCAUUUCAUUCUACCUGUGACAUUCUGCUUAUCCUGCUGCUAUGGACGGCUCUGAUUAAAUAAUCUUUAUUUCUUUUUU